CCACAAAAUUCUACCCACAUCUCAGAAUUUAUUCUCCUGGGACUUUCAGAGGAACCAGAACUGCAGCCCUUCUUCUGUGGCCUCUUCCUGACCAUGUACCUGAUCACUGUGCUUGGGAAUCUGCUCAUCAUCCUGGCCUCCAUCUCUGACCCUCAUCUGCACACACCCAUGUACUUCUUCCUCACCAACCUGUCCUUCGUGGAUGUCUGCUUCACCUCCACCACUGUCCCCAAGAUGAUGCUCAACAUACACACACAUAGCCAGGCCAUCAGCUAUGCAGGCUGCAUUGCCCAAAUUUAUUUCUUUGCAUUUUUUGUCACCUUGGACAACUUCCUCCUGGGGGCAAUGGCCUAUGACCGCUUCGUGGCCAUCUGUCACCCCCUGCACUACACAGUCAUCAUGAGCCCCCGGCUCUGUGGGUUGAUGGUGUUGGUGCCCUGGAUCAUAAGUGCCCUGGAUUCUUUGUUACAAAGCCUCAUGGUGCUGCAGCUGAAGUUCUGCGAGGCACUGCAGAUCCCUCAUUUUUUCUGUGAACCUAAUCAGUUGGUCCACCUCGCAUGUUCUGACCCUUCCCUUAAUAAUAUAGUGUUGAAUGUAGGAGCUGGAUUACUGGGUGGUGUUCCUCUGGCUGGCAUCCUCUGUUCUUACUCUAAGAUCAUGGCCACCAUCUGUAAAAUCUCAUCAGCCCGGGGGAAGUACAAGGCCUUUUCCACCUGCAUGUCUCACCUCUCUGUGGUCUCCUUGUUUUACUGUACAGUCCUGGGUGUGUACCUCAGCUCUGCAGUGACUCAAAACCCACACUCAACAGCCACAGCCUCUGUGAUGUACACAGUGGUCACCCCCAUGCUAAACCCCUUCAUCUACAGCCUAAGGAACCAAGACCUCAAGAAAGCACUGAGAACACUCAUGGAGAGAGCGAUGACAAAACUAACCCUGAUCCAUGGCUUAAAGCCGUACUCUUGA